AUGAACAAGAUAUUAUUUUCUGCAGCACUUUUAAUUGCUACUUGCAAUGGAAUUCAAGUGAGUAAAGUACUUCAACAGCAAAGAUCUUAACUGCUUUGGAAGCAAGAAGCUACAAAUAAAUUCUCUUGGAAUGCUACUCAAGAGUUGAAGUGGGAAGUAGUCAAUGCCUUUAUAGAUGUCUAGACUUCCCCAGAUGGAGAUGUGUUUGCUAUACAAAAAAUAUCCUCAGAACUCCAAGACACCAAGUACCAUCUCUAUUUAUACAAUGUUACUUCAAAUGUAUGGAAUCUUGUUAACAGCGACUUCGAAGUCAAGGCUGUGAGGUUUGACAGACUCGGAAGCAUGUACUAUUUGGAUCCUAAAAACUGUGUGCAUAAUUCAGAAAAAGUAAAGGUCGUUUGUGGUCUCUCAGAUUUUGAAGUAACUGUGGACAAAAGGAUAAUUGGACUUAUUGAUAGUUCAGGACUUUAAACUGCAGACACUCUAUCAAGUGCUUAUAAGCCUGCCUUAGUGCCACCUUACGAGUUUAAAUCUCUAUCUGGGUUCAAAGGAAUCACUCUCUUGAAAGAUCAGCCUAUACUUAUCGCUAGUGAUGGCACUGUUGAUGCGAAAUACGGAGGAGAAAAACUAAUAAGCAUUAGUGCAGGUAUAGACGGCUCACUCUGGGCACUCUAAGAUGAAGGUAAUGUCUCUGAUUUCUCAGUACUCAAGUGGUAGACAAUUGUCUAAAAAUGGUACAAGGUAGACGGCGCUAAAGGUACAUGUCUUUCAGCUUACAAUGAAAUCUCAGUCGCCAUUGUGAACUCACUAGGAUUGCUUAGUCUCUCUUCUCAAAAUGGUCAUCAAAAUGAGGCUAUCUAUGUCUAAUCAGCACCUUAACCUCCUGCUCCUAAGAUAUUAGACAUUUCUACAUUUACUAGCACUUUGGCCCAAAAGACUGAUUUUGAUUGGAUGACUGAUCUCAUCAAUACCACUACUUUUACAAAACUUAAUCAGGUCUUCAAAUCUUCAGCAAACGAUAAGCCCAGAACUGAGGCGUUUGCCUCUAUCAAAAACAAGACUAAUUUGUUCAUUGUUUAUAAAACAAACUUCAAUGUAGUUUCAGGCCUAUUUUUCUCUGGCCCAUUCCCUGACUCUACUACUGAUAAUACUCUUUCGGGGAACACAGCUGUAAUAUUCAGCAUUACUAACAGGUUUGCCUACCCAGUCGACACAUCAUCCUAUGCAACAUAUUAAGAAUUUCAUGACGUAUUAACUAUCAAAACCUAUGACAGUGAAGUAUAAAUUUCACCCUAAUGCGGUUCAUCUAUCAGAGGAAACUAUGUUGAUACUUUAGUAGAGGUCAGAAGAGCUUGGAAUAGUGCCACAUUCAGGGGCUCAUUAACUUUGACAGGAAAUGUAAGUGAUCCAGAUAAUAGAAAUGUAUAAUGUGCUGAAAUUGAAAUCUAUCAAGGGCUAUGA